AUGUCUUUGGUCUCUGCUGUUAAGGAUCAGGAUCGCGACGAAUUGUUGAAUGGCAGUCAUCCUGCUGGUACCGUUAAGAAGACCACUAUUAGGUCAUCUAGCUCGGUGUAUCAAACUUCAGGGGAGCCCUUGAGUAAAGAAGCCUUGUACAGAGCCAAGCUGAAGUAUGGUGUUUACCAAUCUCCUGCUACCAAAACUUCUACGGGGGUAAGUGAACCUAAGGUGGCUUCCGAUAUUGCUGCCAAUUUGGCUAACGAUAAUAAGACUACUAUUAAUGCCUAUAAAAGAUUGUUUGUGGACCCUGGUGCUGCAAAGGCUGCGACAAAAGUUGGUGUGAAGGGUAUUCAACAUGUGCCAGCUAACGAAGUAGCUUCCACUCAUGCUGGUUCUCAGUCUGCUGCUACUAGAGCGUACUCUAUUGCUUCCAAUACUUCUGCAAAAAAAGUUACCAAGACUUCUGGGGAAGGAAACCGUCAUAGGUCUCACUCCGUUUCCUCUGCUUCUCAUGCGCUGACUUCAUCAUUUUCAGAGAAAAAGGUGAAUCCACCUCCAAAACCGCUAAAUUUGGCGAAAGUGCUAUCCGGUGCUGAAAGACAGGCAGAGCAGAGAAUUCACGAUAGAACUACCCCAGAACGUAAGAAUUUCAGUUAUGGCUUAAAGACCAAUGCUGCUGGUAAAGCUGCUGGGAACAGUUUCCAGUUGACCAAAGAGACCUUGGGUAAGAUGGCCUCCAAGAUUGAUAGUACUGCAAUUGAAAAGGAGGCAGAUCCACACAAUUAUGCCGAAUGGGCUGCGUACGCUGUGAGAGAUAUUGAUCCCAAGACUCUGAUGAACCUCGAUUUCCAAGAAGCUGAGAAGAAAAGACAAACAUAUUUGAGCCAAUUGACUUCACAGCAGGUCUUGUUGAAAGCUCGGGAGAACGCUGACAGAGAGCUGAAGGCCAUCGAUGCGUUGGAUCACCAUAAUUUCCUGUUUGGCAACGAGGCCUACAACAAGGCUGCAGUGGAGCGUGCCAGGAAGAAUGCCGAGAAGAUGGUUCCUUAUCAGAAUAAGAUCAAUUUGGGAGGUGGUCUAUGGUUGUCUCCUGAAGAUGUCGAUGAUAUUGCUAAGGGGUUGAUCAACCCUGUUCUGGGCGAGGUUACUCAGAGAGCCGGUGACCAACGUGCCACUGAUCUUGACAUCAAGGAGAGAAACGAGACUUACAGGAGGGAGUAUGCCUCAUGGUUAGAUAUGCAGCACUCUAAAUUACAAAACAAUCAACUCAUCGUUGCUGAAACGGACUCAAGACAUGCUAGGGAGAAGGAAGCCACCAAGGCAGAAGCUACAAAAACUUAUAACGAACUUGUUGCUAGAAAAGAUAAGGAGAUAGCUGAAAAGAAUGAGAAAUUGGCCAAGACCAAAGAGUCAAAGGAGGCUUUAGAAAAGCAAAUGGAGGACAGAUUGAAGAGUGAAGAUGAGAGGGUUAAAUUGAUGAUCGCUAACUUCACUAAAUCCAAUGAAAAGGAUCUCAAGGCAUCUAAAAAGGAACAGGAAGAAUUAUUAAAGCCUUACCACGAUGGGUUGAAAGAAGCCGAAGAUGAGCAUGCUCGUUUACUAAAGGAGAAAACUUCUAUCGAGGAAGAGAUCGAAAAACUGCGUACCUCUAUCGAAACCCACAAGGAACAGUUGACCAAAUACGAAGAGGAUAUCAAAGCUCAUGAAGAGAAAGAGACGAGUGAAAGACAAAGAUUGACAGAGUUGGGCACAGAGAAAGAUGAAUUACGUACUGACUUAGAUGAGAACGUUAUUGUCACAGCCAAUAAGGCCAAGGAGCAAGCUGCCAUUUCAUCCGAGGAAGCUCGUCUAAGACAGCUAGAAGUUGACGCUUUUAUCAACGAACGCAAGAGCAAGUUGAAUGAAACAGAGAUUGAAUUACAAAGAGAAAAACUCAGUAUGCUCGAUGCCAUGAGGAAAGUGGCAGAAGCUCGUGGAGAUCAAAAAAUUGACGAGGAGAGGGUCAAGUCUCUGAUAGGUAUGACUUCUGAGGAGUACAUGACUAAACAAAAGGAACUUCAUGGUAAGGACGCGCCAACUCCUGUUGGAGCAGAUCUCGACGAAGAAGAUGAACCUGAUGAGGAUUUAGUUGAUAGUAAUGUUAGUGCCAAACCAGUGAAUCGCCACCUCGACCUCACUGACGCCGAUGGUGCUGCUCCAUCGGCUUCUGUCAAAUCAGUCACUGGUGCAAGUGGACGAAUCACUGAAGAGACAAAGCCUACAGAAACCAAGCCUGCAAAGACCAAGCCUUUGGAGACAAAAGCUGCUCCUUCACAGAAACACGUUACUGUAUCAGACACUGCUAAAUCAGCAAAAGGUGAUGAUGAAGCUUCAUGGGCAGAAAAAUUCUUCCUCGGAGGCCCAAGUGCCAAGACAAGGAGGGAAUCUCUCUCGAAAGCUAAGAAGGCUGAAAAGCCUAACAAACCCGCUACAACAAAAGAAGGUCAUGACCUGGAACACACGUUCAGUGGAUUCUCACAAGGCAGCAUCGAAGAACACGCCCACAAGAAGAAGACAGCGGCAUCACUAGCGGACGAGUCCGAAGAUGACGACGAAGAAGUGCCUGAAUUAAGUGGGACCGAAGGGAACGACGAGUCCAACGGCGAGAACAAAAGAAGCAGCUAUUUCCAAGAAGUCUUUUAA